CUGAAGUCUCUGCACGUAAAAUGUCAACACCUGAGCACGCACUGAUUGUUUUCCCACGUGGGGACUCGCCACGUAGACAAUAUAUUCACUCCAUUGUUUUGAUUUGGACAAGAAAUUCUUUCAAAUAUUUUGCUUAGAAACCAAAACAAAAUCUCGUAUUUAAAAUGCAGCCUGUCAGUAAAAUCUGUUGUAUAGGGGCAGGGUAUGUCGGGGGCCCAACAUGUGCUGUGAUCGCGCUAAAUUGCCCUGAAAUUUGUGUUACUGUAGUCGAUCUAAGCCAACCUAGAAUAGACGCUUGGAAUUCCAACAGACUGCCAAUAUACGAGGUGAGUAUUGUCUGUGACAUUUAACAAUAUAUUUUGUACACCAAGGUUUAUCGUAGUCAUUUUAUAAAAGUAUCAUUUUUUGUUACAAUUUAGCCUGGGCUACAAGAAAUAGUCGAAAAUUGUCGCGGGAAGAAUCUAUUCUAUUCCACCGAUAUUGACAAGGCGAUUAUCGAAGCCGAUCUAAUAUUUAUCUGUGUGAGUUGUUCUCCCUCAAUAUUCGAAUCUAUUAAUAAGUGUUUGCCCUUGCAAUAAAGAUUGGAUUCGAUAAAAAAAAUUGGUUUCUAUUUUUGGUUAAUAUUUAAUAAGUGUUGCUAACUUAAUUUGUUACAUUGUCGUUGCUAAGAUCUAAUAAUAUGCGAGGAUUAAAAACAAAUCUGAAUAAAUUAAUUUUGCAUCUCGCAUAAGAAAUUAUUGGUCUGGCUUGUUGGCUUGGAUUAUUACUGCCAUGUGUGUGUAGGAGACUGGGGGCAGAAUUCCCCCCCCCAAAAAAAAACCCCUUUAGAAAGCCAUGAAAAUUCAGGCAAAUGCUAGGAAAAAUCAAGAAAAUUCAGGCAGAUUUAUCAGGAAAUAUGCUAAAUUCAGGUUAUUUCACAUUACAAUCCAACUUCCAACUGCUCCCCCCCCCCCCCAAAAAAAAGCAUCAGCCCCGUAUGCCAAUGCAGAUUUCACAUAUGUAGUUAGUUUAAUUUACUUGAUUUGUCUUACAGGUAAAUACUCCUACAAAAACAUUUGGGCUUGGAAAGGUACAAUUUUUGUUUCAUAAUUACUUUGUACUGAAUUUAAUUUAUGAAGACAUGUGGAUAUAUUCUAUAUACACUUGACACUUGUUCUACCCAGUGCUAUAAUUAUACCACUAUUUUCUUCACAUAGGGACGAGCACCCGACUUAAAGUACAUUGAAUCUGCAGCCCGUCACAUUUCUAAAGUGGCCAAAACCCACAAGAUUAUUGUUGAGAAAAGUACAGUACCAGUUAGAGCGGCUGAAAGGUAACAUGAGCUAAAUUUUCCAAUUAACAAUCAAUCAAUUCGUGUGUUAACAAACUAGUUAAUUGAGAUACUAAUCAAUGAUAGAGGAUUAAUUGUGCAUUAUGAUAAAUUUAUCAUCAAUGAUUGAUGAUGAUCAAUGGUUAAUUAUCAAUUAUUACCAUAGUCAGCAAAUUGAUCAUUGAUCAAAUAUUGAUCAAUCAUCUUGAUCAAAUAUUGAUCAAUCAUCAAUGAUUAAUUAUUGGAUAAUCAAUCAUUGAUCAUUAUAUUAUUACAUGCAGUCAGCCAAUUAACAAGCAAGUAACAAUCUAUCAAUCAAUGAAAUUGGUGCAAAUCAAACACUAAUUUUAAAACAGGUAUCCAACAAAACCAAUCUACCAAUUAACUGCAUCAAUAACAAUGGAUCGUACAACCCAAUUUUUUCAGCAUAUCAACAAUAUUAAAAGCCAAUAAGCAGUCUGGAAUACUUUACGAGGUGUGUCAAAAUUCAUGUUUAAUUUAAAUUUCAAUUAUUAAAUGCUAUUGAUCAAGAUUAAUGAUUCAAAAUACGUUUUUCCAGGUCUUGUCCAAUCCAGAAUUCUUGGCCGAGGGCACAGCUAUCAAUGAUUUGCUAAAACCAGACAGGGUUUUAAUAGGUAGAAUAUAUACCAGUACUUGAACUUUGCUUUUGUUUAAUUAAAUAAAGGAACAUAUGAAUGAUUAAAGCUAGCAGAUGGCAGUACAAACCAAAGUACCCAGUGGCUCAUUGGUUGGUUUCACUAUUAAUAAUAGUUAUCCCUGUAGGGGCCAGCAGAUGGUCAACUUCGAAAAUGUUGACCCUUUUAGGGGCAAAAAAUUACAUCUCAUGAUCAGAAUUCUUCUUCAUUGCCAUCUACAUAGAAUGAAAAGAAUUGAAGUCAUUUUCUCACUCUAAAAGUAAAACUGGUGGUUGUCCACCACAAUAUUUAAAGAUUAUGACAUUGUGUUUCAGGUGGAGAACAGACUCGGGGAGGAAAAGUAGCUAUUGAUACGUUAGCAUGGAUUUACGAGCACUGGAUUCCCGCAGAUAGAGUUAUCAAGACUAAUACAUGGUCGUCAGAAUUAUCAAAACUGGUACAGACUCGAAUAUAAGCAUAACCCGUAAAUAUGAAAUGUAAUUCAUUGAAACGACAAAAACUUUAUCAGAACUUUUCAUUCACGUCAGAAAAUUAUCUUCGUUUUUUUCUCCAAAUUUACAAAAUCGAUCCUAACGAAAUCCAUCCUUGACUACUGUACGUCCAAAAAAAAGAAACCAAGUAGAAUAUAAACCAAAAAAAUAAGUUUUUGUCUUCCACCUGAGGAGGUAACUGCUAUGUAAUUCUUAAUAACCUUAUCUUUUUAGGCAGCAAAUGCUUUUCUAGCUCAAAGGAUUUCCAGUAUUAACGCAUUGAGCGCAGUGUGCGAGGCGACUGGUGCUGAUGUCUCUGAAGUCUCCAAUGCCAUUGGUAGAGACUCGAGGAUUGGGAAUAAAUUUUUACAAGCAUCAGUUGGUGAGCGGCAAUUUUGUUUCUAAAGAACAAUUUUAAAGCUCGAGGAGUUGAAGAAUGAACAUGCACCAUCCUCAAAGCCCUACCAUUUUUAAAUGGAUAAUUAUGCGUUUAAAAACGCAUAAUUAUCCUUUUUGGAAAAUUCAUGACUGUAUGAAUGAUAUUAGAACCCGUUAACAGGAUCCCAUCGUGGUAACCAUUUUAUAUGAAUACGUCAGAAUUUUAAUUAUGUUAAAAGCGGCUCGUUUUUCAACACAUUUAAUAUAAAAAUCACUAUAAUAAAAAAAGAGGUGGUUGGCAUUUCAAUUUUAUUAGACGAUAUAACUUUAUUCCGUAAAGAAAGAACGUAAAGAAAGAAGAAUAAGUUUUAUUGUUCAUUCGAUUCACUUAGGAUUUGGUGGGAGUUGCUUCCAGAAAGAUGUCCUCAACCUCGUCUACUUAUGUGAAGCUUUAAACCUUCCCGAGGUCGCAGCGUACUGGCAUCAAGUUAUUAAAAUGAAUGAAUACCAACGACGACGUUUUGCAAACAAAAUCAUUAAUGCUUUGUUCAAUACGGUUACUGAUAAGAAGAUUGGGAUACUAGGCUUUGCUUUUAAGAAGAAUACCGGUGAUACAAGGUGAGGGUACAUUAAAAAAAUAUGUCAAGUUUAUUUUAUGCUGGGCAGACCUGGAGAGAAGAAGUGUUUAAGGUUCCUCCUAUCUGAAUUUGUCUUUUUCAAAUGUUCCUCAAACGUGCACAAAAACAAUGGCAUUACUGUAUGCAUACAACGACAACGUAUAUUUUGACUGUGUUUGUUAUAUGUCUCAAAUGACAGAUAAGGAAGUAUGAUAUAACGAUUCCUUUAAGAUCCUCCAAUAACGUAUUUGUAGGAUUUCUUAGGAUUCCCAGAUCCCAGCUUAUAGAAUAUAGGUCUAGGGGAUGUAUCCCUUUUUGGUCAUGUCUUACUACGGAAGGAAACUAGAGUACCAAAAGGCAAAGAAAAUGUUCGGUGCUUGGAAUGCCAAAUAUUCGCUGAGGCGAAACGUUGAAUAUGUUUUAUCUACAUUUUAGGGAGUCUGCAAGUAUUUAUAUUUGUAAAUACCUCUUGGAAGAGGGAGCUAGAGUUACCAUUUAUGAUCCUAAAGUUGAAGAAGAACAAGUUUAUCUGUAAGUAUAGACUAUAGUAAUAAACUCACUACAAAAUCCAUUACCUGCAUGGCUGCAUUUUAGGAGCCGUAUGCACACACUUAACAAUAUCGCCUAAUUAAUGCUUUUAUUUUUACCUUCAGUGAACUAUGUCAUCCAAGUAUAGCUGUAGACCCUGAAAAAGGUAACUUGUAGUUUUCACUGGUUUUGGCGUUCCAAAAACUAGUUGCCUCUUGCAAAAAUCUCUAAUGUGUAAUUGUUUUUAUUUUUCCAGUCAAGAAGCUGGUAAAAGUAGAAAAAGACGCAUACACAGCUGUAGAAAAUGCUCAUGCACUAGUGGUCUGUACAGAGUGGGAUGAAUUUAAGGUAAGAUGUUUACCCUAUCAUUUUUACUACGUGACAAGUUCUUCUGAUGUUAUUUAUCGGUAAUUGUAAUAUAUUUGGGCAAAUAGGUGAAUAUAAAAUAACUUAAAUAGCAUGCAAAAAGCUUUUUAACAUGAAAAAAAAGUACAAGAAAAGUAGUAAAUCUAUGGUGGAAAUUCAUGGUCACUUAAUACAGACAAAGCAGAUUUACUAUAAAAAUACUAGUUACUGAAUUAAUUCCCAGUUGCCAUAUGCAAAUAUUGCAAAGAUAUAGUCAGCCAUUAAUUUAGUAAUAAGUUCUACAUAAAAUUGUAUUCCGCUCGUCUCUUUCAGACGCUGGAUUACAGACGUAUAUACGCCAAUAUGCUGAAACCAGCAUUUGCAUUUGAUGGAAGGAUGAUACUGGACCAUGAUUGUCUUGUUGAGAUUGGUUUUCAAGUGGAAACUAUUGGCAAAAUUGUGAAGAAUUCUAUACCUCCUGUAACGCCCCCUCUAGCCCCUAGCUUGGACUACUGAGUGCACCCAGAUAUCCCCAGGGUCCUCUGACCCCAUGCACAACACAAGCGCUUGCCAAACCGAAGUUAACUAACACCUGUGUGUCCACCUAACCACUGCAUCAGCAGUGAAGCUACAGUAGCGCAUAGCAACAGGUCAUGCUAUGCGAAUCUUUAAUGAUUUGCAUUAUUCAAACCUUUACAAAUGUAUCGUUACAUUUAGGUGCAGGUUUAUUAGCAUAGCAUGACCAUAGAUAUCUUAUAUACACUAGAUAGUGCAUCCCUUUUAGUAAAAUUGAAGCCAAGAAUAUUCCAGCGGUUACCCCCAUUUGAAAAAAUGGUGGCCAUGUUGAAGUUUCCCACUCGCUAAUAAACGCUUAAAAAACAACAAUAACUUCCUUGAAUAGUUUGAAAAUGUAUUUGGAAAGGUCUAACUUAAUGUUUAAGUUCCCUGUUUAAGAAAUAGAAAACAUACGAGUCUUCCCACUUCAUGGGAAUAUCCGGAGUCUGCAAUCACGGCUUCAAUCAACCUCGUACCCAGGAUCUUUCUUUGGGAUAACAGAAGGAGUGACCCUGGGAACGAGGUUGGGCUUCAAUUUUUGAAUCGCAGAAUAAUUAGCUGCACUAUCUAGUGUAUAUAAGAUAUCUAUGAGCAUGACCAGUUGCCAUGGCCAGCUUUGCCACUGCCCUGUAUUCAUGCCACAUGCUUCCUCCUGCUGCAAUAGCAACUGAUUAUCUAUCUAUCCUACAGUCAAAGUGGAAGAACUUUUCCAUUUCUGCUUCUGUAGUUAGUUGUCAUUUCUGUAAAUUCUGUGGUGGUUCACGAAUUAUGAGCAAAUACAGCGAUAACAUUUAGUUUUCUUUGUUCUUACGGUACGUGAUAAUUUGCAAGAAAAGAUGCACUUUUCGUUAAAUUCAUUACACACAUAAAGGUUGCAAAAUUCCACUGUAUUAUUCGCUCAUAAUUCGGUAACCGCUAUAGUAUAAAUACAGACCCAAUUACAGUAAAUGACAACAGAGUUCAAAAUAGUGUAGAUAUUUUCAUGACACAUCCACAUGGUUUGAACUGUGGAAGAAAUUUUAAAAUUUUAAUAUUCUUAUAUCAUGACCAGUUGCUAUGCCACUGUAUACGACUAGUCAUAAUCACCAGUAGAAUUUUUCUACAAGAAUUCUAGAAGUUUGUGUUUGAAUUUUCCAUUACCAUGGAAUUCAGAUGGUGUUGAAUUCAGGAAUCAGCUUGAGAGUCGAAAGAGGGAUAUUAUAUUUUAACUGUGGAAUAUACCUUAAUUUAUACAUAUGAAAUAUUUAUUUUUACUGAGAUAAAUUAAUGCUUGUAAAAACAAUUUACUUCUUUUUAUGAAAUAAAAUAAUAAUAAACCAACUGCAUACAUUGCAACUGUAUACAACCAUCAACACUAGAUAUAACACAUUUAUUCUGGCAAAUUCAAAUCAAUAUCAAAUCUUUAUCAGAAGAUACAUUGAUCACUAUUUUUCUUCAAUAAAAGUUCAAGUCUGGAACCAGGCAAACUACAGUACUUACAGUGGUGUCUGGUUCUUGUGAUCGGAUCUUGAAUGUACAAUCUCACCACCUGUGAUGCAAUAAAAUUGAUAUCUUCUUGUCUGCAUAAUUUUGUUAAAUAUCAACCGCAAUAUUCCUA